CUCUGUCUCUUUCUUUCUCUCUCCUCGCCACUGACUUUGCUCUCUCUGAUUUACAGAAGAAAUUUCAAAACUUUCAAAGCUCAAAUCUUUCUUUUGCCCUUCUCGAUUAUAUCCAUCGUCGUCGAUACCGGAAAUUUCUUCAUCUGAUUAACGUUUUUUUUUUUUUCCCGAAUAUUUUUUCUCUUCCAGAGAAAAAAUAAAAAUCGCUCCUUUAGAUUAUUUCCUUGAUUUUCUUGGCGCGGUUUCGAUUUCACGUUUCUGGGUUUUCUUCGUCGGCCUAUAAGAACGAUAAAUUUCAAAACCGGAAAGAUCCGGUAGUGAAUCUUGAUUUUAUAGUCUAUAUAAAGAAAGAAAUGCAAAAUGGUUGCUAAGAAGGGACGUAGAGAUUCUUCAGACUCUUCUCCGAUUGUGGAGGUUGGAGAGAUUGACACAAGUGCUCCUUUUCAAUCUGUUAAAGAUGCGGUUAACCUUUUCGGUGAAGCUGCUUUCUCCGCUGAGAAACCGGUCAUUCGGAAACCGAGUCCUCAAUCCGCUGAGAAAGUUUUGGUGAAGCAAACAGAGCUUCACUUGGCGCAGAAAGAGUUGAAUAAGUUGAAGGAACAGCUUAAGAAUGCUGAAACCGUUAGAGAGCAAGCGUUGAGUGAGCUUGAAUGGGCUAAAAGAACGGUUGAUGAACUUACUCGUAAGCUUGAAGCGGUUAAUGAGUCGAGAGAUUCUGCAAAUAAAGCGACUGAAGCUGCUAAGAGUCAAAUCGGAGAAGCGAAACCGGGAAAUGUUUCUGUGGCUAGUAGUAGUAGUGAUGCUCAGACUCGGGAUAUGGAAGAGUAUGGGGAGGUAUGUAAGGAACUUGAUACCGCGAAGCAAGAGCUGAGAAAAAUCCGUCAGGUUUCGAAUGAGAUUUUGGAAACAAAGACUGUUGCUUUAAGUAAAGUAGAGGAAGCUAAGGAAGUGAGUAAAGUUCAUUCUGAGAAGAUUGAGUUGCUUAGAAAAGAAAUCGCAACUGUUAAUGAAUCAGUGGAACAAACGAAGCUUGCAUGUUCUCAAGCUCGAAAAGAACAAUCUGAGAUAUUUGCAGAGAAAGAGAUUCAGCAGCAAUCGUAUAAAGCUGGCAUGGAAGAAUCUGCCAAGAAAUCACUUGCUUUGAAGAACGAGUUUGACCCCGAGUUUGCAAAAAAGCUUGAAGUGCAGUUGACUGAGACGUAUAAUGAGAUCGAUGAGCUGCAGAAGCAAAUGGAGACUGCAAAAGCAUCAGAUAUGGAUUCUGUUAAUGGUGUGAGUCUGGAGUUGAAUGAAGCUAAGGGUUUACUCGAGAAACUUGUGGAAGAAGAGAAGUCUUUGCAAGAGUUAGUGGAAUCUCUUAAAGCAGAAUUGAAGAAUGUGAAGACAGAGCACGACGAAGUUGAAGCGAAGGAGGCUGAAAUUGAAUCUGUGGCUGGAGAUCUUCAUUUGAAGCUUAGCAGAAGUAAGAGUGAGCUAGAAGAAUGUGUUGCAGAGGAAUCUAAAGCAAAGGCUGCUUUGGAAGAUAUGAUGUUAACCAUCAAUCAGAUAUCUUCUGAGACUGAAGCGGCUCGACACGAAGCUGAGGAAAUGAGAAACAAAGCUGGGGAGUUAAUGAAGGAAGCGGAAACUGCGCAUCUGGCUCUUGAAGACUCAGAGCUACAUCUAAGGGUCGCUUUAGAUGAAGCCGAAGAAGCGAAAGCUGCGGAGACAAAGGCACUUGAACAAAUAAAGUCAAUGUCUGUGAAAACCAACGCUGCACGUAAUUCGACUUCAUCUGAGUCUGGAUCUCAGAGCAUCACACUGUCUCAAAAGGAGUUCAAAUCACUGAGCAAGAGAGCUGAGGUAUUCGAUAAGCUAGCAGAAAUGAAAGUGGCUGCUGCAUUGGCACAGGUGGAAGCAGUGAGAGCUAGCGAAAACGAGACAUUGAAGAAGUUAGAGACAACACAAGAGGAGAUUAAGAAGCUAAAGAGUGCAACAGAAGAGGCACUGAAGAAAGCAGCUAUGGCCGAUGCUGCUAAGAAAGCUGUUGAAGGAGAACUCAGGAGAUGGCGCGAAAGAGAUCAGAAGAAAGCAGAGGAAGCGGCAACAAGGAUUCUAGCAGAAGCUGAGAUGAAUAUGGCCAGUGAAUCAUCACCGCAACAACAUUACAAAGCUCCGAAACAGAGACCUGUCCAUAACAAACUGGAGAAGACAAAAACAUCUGUGGUAUCAAAGAAAGUGCUUUUGCCGAAUCUAAGUGGAAUCUUCAAUAGAAAGAAAAAUCAAGUGGAAUGGGGUUCUCCUUCAUAUCUCCCUGGAGAGAAACCCUUUUGAUGAUUUCUUCUUUUUUCAAGAAUUGAACUUUUUGUUGUUAUGAACAAUCCAGAAAGUUGUGUGCUUUUUUGCUAAAAGAAGGUUUGUGGUUUGAGAUCAGAAGCAGUUGCAGCUUUGGUCUAACGUGAGAAACUGGUUUAUUGCUGUAAUUUGGAUCAAAGCUAUUUAGGUGGUGGUUUUAUUUUGGCCCUUUCUUGUGA